AUGGCCUCUGUUGGGACACAGGAAGCUCUCUCGUCAUCGGUGUCAAACGGUCUGGAAACACCCGAAGCUGCGAAAGCGAACCCCGAGCUGGUGCAUAGUCUCAAACACAACAGCACAGUUCUCGCCCUCGCCGUCAGCUCAAAGCACGAUUCUAUAUACGCAGGCACUCAAGAUGGUGAAAUUGUUGUAUGGUCUCUGGACACGUUCCAUCAGCUUCGCCAGGUGCAGGCACACAAGCGAAGCAUUCUGUCGCUCUUCAUUUCUCCGGACUCGUCGCUCCUUUUCUCCAGUGCCGGCGAUGCCAUCAUCAACGUGUGGUGUCCCAAGACUAUGCGCCGCCUCUACGAAAUAUACGGUGUGCACGAUGUUGGCGAUAUUUUCUGUACUGCGUACAGCGCCAAGCACGACACGCUCUACAUUGGAGCUCAAAAUACGACCCUCCAAUGGGUGAACCUUGGUGAUGCUUCUAGUAGAGUGUCACCAGAUUCACAAAGUCAUCCAGAUCGACGAAGUCAUCGAUUCUUCGACUCAAAGGCUAUUGGAGGCGGCGCUACUCCGCGAAGAAACGAAGAUAGAUGGGCUCUCAUACCCCGAGCACAGGCGGUACUUGAGAUCGACAGCGGGAGCAUUCGCCACUUUGCGCACAACGGCUACAUUUACUGCAUGCUGAUGGCACAAGGCCCAACAGUUGAAGUAGAUGCAGACGAGGAUGUUCUGAUUUCAGGUGGCGGCGAUGGUACCAUCAAGCUUUGGAGCCUGGCUAGAUCAAGUAAAAACGGCCGAACUCAUUCUGCUGAGGCUGACAGUGGCAUCGAGGAAAUUAUGACACUAGGCGCCGAUGAUGCAGAGUCAGUUCUGUCACUGGCUCUUGAUGGGUCGUUUCUGUACGCUGGGAAGCUCGAUGGCAUCGUGGAACUGUGGGAUCUGGAUACAACUCAGAGGCUAAGGGUGAUAAAAGCACAUGGAGGAGAUGUCAUGUCAUUACAGAUGGGAUGGGGAUGCCUGUGGGCUGGUUCAACCAACGGUUGGGCUAGUAAAUACAGCACGGCGCAUUAUUGCGCUCAUGGCCACGCAUCAUCGGACGAUGUCAGUCAAAAGUAUCAGUGUCUUGGCAAGUGGAAAGCUCACCAGGGCAAGAUCCUAGCCUCUGCAAUAACUACGCACAAAUCGGAGCAGUAUUACAUCACCGGUGCCAAUGACGACGAUAUCGCAAUAUGGUCCGUCAAGGACUUGACGUCUUUGAAAACAGCGUCUGCGGAGAAGAGCAACGAUUUGCUCCUUUCGACGCUGAGUGAUUUCGUCUCCUACAAGACGGUAUCAUCGCGACCUGAGUACGCCGAGGAUUGCCGUAGAGGUGCCACUUUCCUAGGGUCACUCUUCAAACGUUUAGGUGGCCAUGUUGAAAUGCUCAGCACCGAAAAGGCCCACAACCCAGUCGUUUACGCCAAAUUCUCCGGUAAGAAGGAGGCCCUGGAACAACGAAAACGUAUCUUGUUCUACGGACACUACGAUGUGGUUCCAGCCGACGGUAAGAAAGGCAAUUGGGUUACAGAUCCCUUCAUCACCACAGGGACCAACGGCUUCAUUUAUGGCCGUGGAGUCAGUGAUAACAAGGGGCCUAUAGUUGCAGCAUUGUAUGCCGUGACAGAUCUUAUGCAAGCGCAGCAGCUAGAAAACGAUGUCAUAUUUCUCAUCGAAGGCGAAGAGGAAUUUGGUUCUCGAGGUUUCGAAGAAGCUGUGAAACGAAACAAGCAGCUUAUUGGACAAGUGGAUUAUAUUCUACUGGCCAACAGCUACUGGCUCAACGAUGAAGUUCCAUGCCUAACGUACGGGCUUCGUGGCGUGCUUCAUGCCACCAUUUGCGUCGAUUCUCCCCGACCUGACAUUCAUUCUGGAGUGGACGGGUCUCACCUAUUAGAUGAACCAUUGACUGAUUUGACCUGCGUUCUUUCCAAGCUCAAAGGUCCAGGGAAUAGAAUUCAGAUUCCCGGAUUCUACGACGGCAUUCCAACUAUUACACCCGAAGAGGAAGCACGAUACGACGACAUCGUCUCCAUCAUGGUGCGUCAUCAAAAAACGCAGAAUGUGUCCGAAGAGAAGCUCAAACAAUCGCUCAUGGCCAGAUGGCGGGAACCCAAUCUCACUAUUCAUCGAUACAGAGUAUCUGGGCCCGACGGAAGUUUAGUUAGCAGCCAUGCCAGUUCGCACAUCAGCCUUCGCUUAGUACCCGGGCAAGAAGUGGAGGACGUCUCCAAGGCGAUGUCGUGGUUCCUGCGUCGAGAAUUUGGACUUCUCGAAUCUCAGAACCGGCUCAGCAUUAAGAUUGACAACAAGGCUGAACCGUGGCUGGGAGACCCUACAAACGAGAUAUUCCGCACCCUUGGACAAGCCAUUAUUGAAGCAUGGCCAGAUCGCUUCGACCGAAGCGGUUCUCCUGUUGGACUUGUGCAAACCUCCUCGGUAGCCAAGUCAUCAAAGCCACGGCAGCCACUGUAUAUUCGCGAGGGCGGCUCUAUUCCUGCCAUCCGAUUCUUGGAAAAAGAGUUCGGCGCGCCCGCAGCACACUUGCCCUGUGGCCGUGCCAGCGACGCUGCUCACUUGGACAAUGAGCGUAUGAGUCUUGUAAAUCUGUUGAAGGCGAGAGAGAUCUUUGGCAAGGUUUUUGCGCGACUGUAA